CUGAUCUACUGCGUCAUCAUCAUGUGUCCAUAGCAACUGUAUUUGGACUGUUGGUGUGGCUGCCGAAUCAGACCGUUGCUGGAGAUCAUUUAUGUUUUUAUAUGCAAAUGCGAUGAUCUAAAGCGCACUGGAUGAUAUUUUAAGAUGGGGGACAAGCGUCGCGCGGGCGUCGCGAUAUCGGGCAGCUGUGAGCGCGACGGCGCGUUCGCGUGUGAGUCUGGCGUGAGCGCGCUUCUCGGAUCUUCUCUGCUCACACUGUUGGAGUCCAGGCCGCGCGAUCCCGUCGGGUUCCUGGCCGAACACUUCGCGCAUCUCUCGGCGCAGGAUGAUGACGCAGGCCCGGAGCACCAGGCCGUGAGUCGCGCGCUCUGGAACCUGAGUCUGGCGCAUCACUCACAGAGAUCAGCGUUCAACAGUAACACGCGCACGGCGUUCAAUCUCCUGACCCGUGAUCGCGGUGCCGGUGUCGUCGGGGUCCGCGGGCGUCUCUACACCGAGAUGCUCCGGUGCCUGUGCAGCGAAGGCGGACUCUCCGGCUCGACCACGGCUCCGCUCCUGCGCCGCGUCCAGUGCCACGACCACGAGUCCGUGCCCUUCGAGCUCUUCCGGCAGGGCGUUCUGACCUGCUCCGUGUUCUCCGACUACAUCCGGGCCUCCCAGUGCCUGUACGGGUCGGUGGCGAGCGCUUCGGACCGGCCGGCGGAGAGAGCGCUGGGUCAGGCGGUGCUGGAGACGCUCCGGGAGGCACUGGAGGCGGCGGAUGGGGACGAUGUGGGCCGGUACCUGGAGGCCAGUGCCAAGAUCUCUCCUGGUAAAGUGGCGAAGGCCAUGGCGGAGGCUCAUCCCGGGAACCAGCAGGAUAAUCCCGUCAUGGACGCGCAGGAGUUCGAAGACGCCGCCGCCGCGCUGUUCAUCACUCGAGUGCGAAUGGUGACCUGAG